AUGUGUUUCUGCAUUUGUUCAAUUGAUGUUGGAAUAGUCGUUGAACUCAUUGUGAUGUAUCUGAUUCAGCAUCGCAAGUAUAGAGACGGAAUUGAUAAUCUUUUGGUGCUUUUGAUCGGAGGAAUCCCGAUUGCAAUGCCAACUGUUUUGUCUGUUACUAUGGCUAUUGGUUCUCAUAAGCUUUCACAACAAGGUGCAAUUACAAAGAGAAUGACUGCUAUUGAAGAAAUGGCAGGAAUGGAUGUUUUUUGCAGUGAUAAAACUGGAACUCUCACUUUGAAUAAACUUAGUGUUGAUAGAAACUUAAUUGAAGUGUUUUCUAGGGGAAUGGAUAAGGAUUUGGUGAUACUCUUAGCAGCAAGAGCUUCUAGGAUAGAAAAUCAGGAUGCUAUAGAUGUUGCUAUUGUUGGAAUGUUGUCUGAUCCACAAGAGGCUAGAGCUGGUAUCAAUGAGGUCCAUUUUCUGCCAUUCAAUCCCGUUGAUAAGAGGACUGCCCUUACCUAUUUUGAUACCUAA